CAAAGUAGGCGAGUCGCCCUGGCUUGUUCUAGGUCCUGGUCCGGCCGAGAUGACUGCUCGAAGCAGAUAGCAACUUGGGACACAUCUACUCCCGCUUAUAAUACACUUGCCUUCUGAGAAGCAGCAGCAGCAGCAGCGGCGGCGGUAACAGUCCGAAGACGCUUGGCACCAGCGCAAUCGGGAGAAACCUUCCACACACGGCUCGGUCGCGUCGCCAUCUGAUUCCUUAGCAGGAGAGAGAAGCGCAGAAACGCGUGACGUCACGCAUUUUUGGUCGCACGAGCGCCGAAAAACCCGGGACGGCACCGCGAACGAAAAUAAUUUCUCCGCGUAUCAUUUUAAAGCCGAAUUGUGACGAGUUCAAUUUGAGGAAGCGUUAAUUGGCUCCAACGGACCUCGAAAAGUGCUGUUACGCUUUCGCCCAGCCCCGUCGCGAGGGUGCCCCGGGAGCCCACGUUACGCAAAUGCUGCGCUGACGUCACGAGCUCUUCCAGCCAACCGCGCGCCGGCAAAGCUUCACCACAGGGUGAAGCUUUCUCUGCGCCAGCCAAUGAGAGCACGGUCGGAUAUUGGCAUGUUACAUGACGGACGGACGCAAUGGCCAACGGUGGCGGCGGCAGCAGAUGCGUAGCAUAACAAACAUGGCGGCCACCUUGUCGGAGGACUGCUCGGCCAGGGCAAGGGGCGCCCGCCGUCGGCGCUGCUGCUACGGCUCCGGCUCGUCGUUGUCCGCGAAAGUGGUGUCUCCGGAGUGACGUGCCCGCCAGCGACGCACGAAGAGAGCGCUACAGAAAGCGAGAAGCUCAGUGUGGGACGCCCGGGGACGCCGUGGCAAGCAGGAGCGUUCUCGGAUGGACCGAGACGCUGUUGGCUCUGUGUAGCGCGCCCCAGUCUCAACCAACGGAGGCCCACAACCAAUCUGCCCUCAGUAGCAAAUCAGAGUUCUGCAUGGCCUAUUCCAUGUUUUCGGAAUGUUCAACCCAGGCACCUUUGCAAUGGAUGAUGGGGGCCGAUGUCUGCUUGACGUUAUAAACGACCCCCUGCUGCUGCAGUCGUUCCUUGAAGACAAGAACGAGGAGGUUUCAAAGGAGCUCAGCUCGCUCGAAAGUGUCCUGCUCGGCCGAGACGAAGUGAGCAGCACCACCAGCUGCCUGCCGGCCCGCUGUGAGCUGCCGGACUCCAUGGGCUACGGCUGCUCGGGCACUGACAAACCCGUGGCCGCUGCCCUCGCCGUCUCCGCGACCAGCACCGUCGCCGUCUCGGACGUCUCGGCCGCCUCGCCCCAGCUGCUGGUCAGCUCUACGGUGCCCCCCGCUCCGCCGCCGCCUGCUGCCCCAACUGCUGCUGCCAGCAAUGGCCUGCCUGGUGCCUCGCCACAUUCCACUCGCUCCUCCCCAGCCAGCAGCCGAUCACACUCGGCAUCCCCGCUCCCCGCCGCCCCCACCCCCGUCUCGUGGUCUUCGCCGGGCCCCAUCGCCGUGUCGCGGAGCCAGUCGCUGUCCUCGUCGUCGGCGUCAACGCCAGCAACCACCAAGGCGACCGCCACCGUUGCGCCCUUGCCCGUGGCACCGCAGCAGGCGCCUCCGUCUAGACCCAACGCCGGGCAGGUAUCGGGUAGUCCCAGCCCCCGCACGGCUGGCGCCCCUCGUCUCAUCCAGCCGAAGCAGCCACAGAUCCUUCCCAAGCUGUCCAGCGGCAGUGCCAACAUGACAACACCCGCAGCGACCGCGACCACCCGGUCCCAGUCUCCCCGGGCGGCACAGCACAAGGCCACACCGCAGCCCGCGCCCGUACCAGCACCGCAGCCUGCGACAGCGGUGCAGCGCGGAGCCGCGAUGGGGCUCAACACGGGGAGUCCGCUGCUCAUUGGGAACCCUGGCGCAGCGCAGGCAGGCAUGUUUCAAGCUGGACCUGCGCAGGGCACUUUCCUGCUGAACCAGUACAUUCCGGGCCUGGGCCAAAGCCCCAUCCUGAUCCAGGGCUCGCUGGGCCAGAUCCAGGGCUCACUAGGGCAGAUACAGGGGCUCCAGCUGUCCCUGCGGCCACCCCAUGCCACGGGCCUGUCCCUGGGUCCCCAGGCAGGGCACAAGCCCCAUGGGGGCCACCCGGGACAGCCUGGCACCCCAACACUGGUCAUCCCUCAGAACCUGGGUCCGCGGCCCAACUUCAUCCUGGCGCCACGCAUGGUCUCGUCGCCCCUGCAGUUUGCCAUUGCACCGGGACAGCCCCUGACGUUGCAGCAGCUGCAGGCCAUGCUGCCCGCACAGACCAUGCUGGCCCAACCCACACUGGGCGCGUUCCAGACAGACCAGCACCAAGGACUGAUGCAGAUACCAACGUUCACCCAGCCACAGAUACUGGCGCACGACCACCACCAUCACCACCACCACCACCAUCAUGGCGCCCUGUCGGCACCCCUCAUCUCAACGGGUGGCACCAUGGUAUCCUCCGCACCCUCUGCCAACCUUGUCGCCCAUCAUCCAGUCAUGACCACCACAACUGUGCUGCAUCCGGCACCACCGCAACCUGCCCCAGUGCCUGUCUCGGCAGCCAUGACGUCGGCAACGAUGCAGCAGCAGCCGCAGGCACGUACGACAGCGUCACCAGCCGCGGAGAAAGUGAAGGCGCCCUCAGUCAAUCUGGCCGAGUUGCUCAAGGAACACGGAAUCAUGCCGGAGUCAACACCUCCGCCCUCCCCUACGUCCAAUCAGGAUAGCACCAUAUCAGUCGACGUUCCCGUGACACCAGCACCAGUCACAGAGAAUGUGCAGGUCGUGGUAAGCAAGUCUCCGCAGACCGUGGCAGUGUCUCCCCAGCAGCGGGUGCAGCUUUCAUUGGCACAUGACGGUAGCGUCGUACUGCACCCUCAUGGCAGCAACCUGUCCUCCAUGCCUGCACCAGUGCAGUCCCCGGGGCUGGUGGCAACAACCGUCACUCCCACGUCGACGAGCGCACCCGGCGCGACGGCUCUCUCGCGGACCCAUUCGGCCCUCCUGGAGCGUCUCUCCGCAGCGCCGCCCGUCAGCGUGCCAGACCUAGCCUCCCUAACUGCACCACGCGUCUCUGUCAGUGCACCGACCAUGGUGGCAGCUCCAUCGCUCGUUGCACCCUCGGUGAUGACGCCUUCUAUGAUGGCCGCAAAUACGCACCCUCACCAGCUCACCCUGCACACCGUCAACAACGGACUGGUACCGGCGCAGCAGCUGGGUCAGCCACAGUCGUUUGUGACGCUGCACGGCACGGCGGUGGCCAAUAUGCUGUGCCACGGUAAUAACACGCGCAUCAACCACAUUGUGGUCAGCCCGUCACCGUCCCUGGGACACCAGCAGCAGCAGCAGCACCACCACCAUCAGCAUGCUCUGCACCACACUUGUCACGCCGUGGGAAACACGGCUGUGGUGAGCUCGGUGGCCAGUGCCGUGGUGCCAACGACGACGACAACAGCGGUGAUGGCGUCAUCGCCAACGAUGGUGGGUAGGACAGCGGUGCCAACAUCCAUGCCGCACACGGUGGUGACUGUGGCUGCGUGCCCCACUGUGACGACUGUGACUGUGACGCCCACGGUGAUCGUGACGACAUCGAACAGUAGUGCAACGGCACACACGAGUGGGAAGUGUACAGCGCCCAUGAACUCUCAAAACCAACAGCUCUACGAGCAGCUGCAGUCACAGAUAACCUACCUGAACUCCCUGAAGAAGCCCACGAUGCAGCAGAAGCUCCUGCUGCAGCAAAUGCUCUCCAUCGAGGAGAAGCUGCGGGAUUCCAACAAGCCGCAAGUGAGCUCCUCGUCCAACGACACCACCACAGCAGCCGCAGUGCCCACAUCACACGCACACUGCAUGCAGCGGCAUGAAGUCAAGCCAACCGUCGUUUCGCACCCGAUGCCUGCUGCGGCCACCAUAAUAACAGUGAAGCCAUCCGCGGUGACGACGGUCCAAGUGCCCACAAUCACUGUUGCCACGACGACGAGGACUAACAGCCGUACCACACACCACAAGGUCAACCAUGCCGAUGUCAAGCCGAAGGCUUCCAUCCUGCAUGCUGGGAACACAGCAUCUAUAAUCGCCACGCAAAAGGCCAUCACCUCCCAUUCCGUUCCUAACCAGGCCUCGUCCAAGUUUGUGCCGCAGUUGCACCACGCUGUGCACCAUCACCACCACCACCACCACCACCUCCAGCCAUCACCGGUGGCAAGCAGCGUGCCGCCAGUCAACCAGCGGUCGCCACCCCAGCCCCGGCCUCAACCUGUGGUGGUGCGGCUGCAGCACCCAACCAACCACAUCAUCGCGCCGCCCAGCACGACCAAGCAAAUCCUGGUGCAGGUGCCUUCUGUUGUGAACAAGCCGCCUUCAAGCAAAAGCUCUGGCAGCAGUAAUAGCAGUUCCACAAAGUCUACUGUUCCUGUAUUACCGAGCAAAGUGGAACCCAUUGUUCCCAAGCCCCCCCUGCCGCCGCCCGAACAACCCCCCGCUCCCCCUCCUCCCCCGUCGAAGCCAGUAGUCGUCAAGCCUAAAGUUCCUGACCGUGUCCAGAAGAUGCACAUGUUUCAUCAACGACUAUUGGAAGACCAGAACGGUGCUAUGGCUGCGGAUACCAAGAACCCCUUCACUUCGCGGCGCGAUGCUUGCCAAAGGUUGUUGCGGUACCACGUCUACAACUCGGGGCUACCCAGGGAAGAGGACCUGCACAAAACGGACGAGAUAUUUGCCGAGGUCUCCGAACGCCUGCUGGGGGAGAGCCGACAGCUGUAUCAAAAGUUCCACUACCUCAUGCUGAAGGAAGGGAUGAGAGAAUGCUCAAGUGCCGAAAAGAUCAUGAUCGAAAAGCUCUUCCUUGAGCACGAAACUGAUGCCUUGAUUGCUGAAAAGCGCGCAGCAGAGGAAGGGCAAUACACAACAACAGUUGAGCCACCACCACUUCCGCCAAUGCCAGUGAGUGCAUGGACAUUCGAGUCAAGCCCCUCAUUACCUUUACCUCGACCAGUAAAGAAGGAACCACCUGACUCUUGGCUUGACGAUGAUGACCGAUCCGACCUGGAGCCGGCACCAAAGCGGCGCUCAAUCAAGGAAGAAGAGCAUGAGACCGUGAUGGCCCCCAUGGAAGAGGAACCCCCAUCACUUCCACGAGUGUCGGUAACACCGGAGCACGUCGACCUUGUGUUGAGCAUCCACAAGGAGCUCAACAUGUCUCCCUCAGAAACCGGUGAAGACGACGAGUUUGCCCACGAGCUGGCCGACUUCGAGCCGCCCGUGGCUCGCUUCCCGUCGACGGCCGACCUCAAGCAGCCACAGCAGCCGCAGUUUAGCAGCGGCGGCAACGUCGUGCCUCCAGUGGUGGUGCCCGACUGGACUUGUGGUGGUAAGAGUGCGGACUCCGAACCGCGUGCGCCCGAACUGGACCUGUCGGGCAUCGAGGGCUUGGACGACGACAGCAGCGGUGUGGACCCAUUGGGUCGGACUCACUACUUUGGUGAGGACGAGGAGGAGGACAAGGACUCUGUGGAGCUCCACGACCAAGUCCAGAGUGCCAUCAACAGCAUCCUGGACUUCCGACGAGCCGGUGCUGACGAGGGCCUCUGUGUGGACUCUAAAGGAGCAGUGGCACGGAGUGGCAGUGGUCCCGAGCCCAUGGACUAUGAUGAUGCAACGGGAGACACGCAGCCCACGGACUCUGUUUUGGACGAAGCCGUCAGGAGCAUCUUGUUGUGACCUCGGCAGUGUUGUUGCCGCUCCUCCUCCUCCUCUUUGUUUCGCGAAGCGUCGCACAACCGGCGACGGUCUCGUCUCUCGAGCCGCACGGCCGUGUGCGUGUGGAUGCGUGCACGUGGUUUGCGCAGAGGUGAAAGCACGGUGAUAUUUGUCCCCCCUCCCCUCCUUCAUUCUCUCGUGCCCAUCUUAUUCCUGUGCCCUCACUCUGUCCUCAUUUCCUUCAGUUUGUUGUACGUGGCUUCAUUUUGGCGACAACCUCAUGGCCUUUCUUUUGUCGGGCCUGCACCUUACAGGAAGUGGUGAGCCCCCUGAACAGGCUCGACAUUACCUUCUGUUCUCACAGUCCAGGUCCAUGUUCUUUCAGACUCUUGCCGCCAUGUCAACAUUUGUCAAAAAAAAAAAAAAGACGCUCAAAGACAGGUCACGCUGCCCCGCAGACUGGGACAAUUGCUCGAACAGGCACUGUGCCGACCGUCUCACAAAACUUGUGGUGAAUCAGGUUUUGUGUACGUAGGCAGGCAUCCUGGGCCCUCAAGCUUCAUUCACUGUGCGCCCAUGGUCUUACGCAGAGUCAUUUUAUUUUUCUGUUUGCCAGCCUCUCUUUUUCUUUGCUUUUAACUUCUAUUUUACUUUUCGCCCUGCUCUAUCGAACUGCUUUUCAGAACUCAGGGGGCCUUGUGUAUAUGUCUUUGGUUGAUGCAUUCGUCGUUGCCCCCUCUCUUUGCCAUCGUCUUUGUACUGUUGUGCAGCACCUUAUUUUUUUUUUCUUCAUACUAGGCACAAAUAUGCAAACUGUGGCGCAUCUAGCCAAACAUGCAACUUGGAGGUCUCCCCCUUUUCUUUUACCCUUUGUUUUUGCAGCCUCCGAUCUCCUACUUAAGUGAAAAGGGAGCCUCGCAUAGUGAUGAAAAAAGCAGACUCCGUGGGGAAGAUGAGCGCAAAUUUUUUUCAGUGCCUCAUGUAAGAGUGUGAGAUGUGCGUCGUCCCCAUUUUGUUUGCUGCCAGUGUUGAAAAAAAAAAAAAAAAGACGAUGAGAGGGGAAGCAGGCCAGCGAAACAACACAUUUUUUUCUCAUGUAUAGGUGUAAAUACGACAGUCGCACAUAUUUAUACACAAGCACAUCCACGACAAAUGGAAAUGGAACCUAGAUUUCACUGCUGCUCAAACGACGUGAUGAUGAAAUACAUUUGAUGUAAGUGGCGACGAGAGUGUUCUGUGACCUGACUAUGGGUGCCUGUAGGAGACGAAGACGACACUGCUCCAGGCGACAAACAAGCUGGAUGCCACGUGGUGGUGCAGAACUGUAGGCCUCGGUGUCAGCGGCAGGGCUCUCGGGAAUGGGCUAGUUGACAAUCGAUCCCACUAGACCGCAUCAAGAACUGGCCAACGGAUGAGGAAAUGGGAUGGAGACAAGACCAGCCAGCGCUCGGCUAACAGAUUUUGUUGGGCUCUGCUGGGAAUAGCAAGAACAUACAGUGCAAGCUGACAAGGGCAGAGGCAAGAGAGCAUUUUGUCAAAGUCUCGUUCUUGCCUCAGUUCUUGUCUGCUCAUGCUGCGUGCACCUGCAAUCUGUGCUUGUCUCUGUCCUUUCCUUAUCUUUUUACGCGGCUUUCCGUGCCGUGAAUUCCGGUUGAAUGUAGGAAAGUUCACCCUUUUGUAGCGCAGGCCUUGAUAUAAAGAUGAUUCCUUGAUGUUGUAAGCACUGCAAGAUUUGGCACGUGUGUGUCGCACACCCCGGCACUUUCACUCCCCUUGUGAGAGCGUUACACCGGCUGAAGCAUAUAUUUCGGCUGCACAAGGGAAACAUUUGUCAUCCAGUCACAGUGGGUAGCAUGAAGCUGCCCACUGUGACCACUCUUUGCAAGAAGGAAGACUUUAGCCUCAAUACAUGUGAAAUGCAAGAAUGCUCCAUUAAUUGACUGCCAAACUAAUUUCGAGUUGUAAAUUCAAAGCUUCAAUCAUUUUGUUUUAAUGCUUUCAAUUUUGGUCAGUUAUAUAUUUCUUAAUUGUCUAAACAAAAGUUUUGCAAUGAUAAUCCACCAUAAUUUGACUUUAAAAUGCAACAGGUUAACUGAAACGAGAUCGUGGCAUCUCGCAGCUCACACUUUUAAGAGUCGCUCUGAGGCAGCACCCCGUCGCUGUAGCUUCAAAAAAAGAUAUGCAAAGUGAUUUCAGAAAAGUCUUGCAAUUUCAGCAACUGUUUAAUAAGAGCAUUCGUGUGCUUUGCGUACAGUUUUGAGAGUUGGCACCAAGCCAAAGUUUUGUUAAGUGCAACAGCAGCGAAAUAAUAUGCAUGGAGGCACAUUAUUUCAAUGACAGAAAACUAGGUGGUGGGGAAUUUGCAGCCAGCUGGCGCAAGACAAGAGUAAUAGGAGAUUGCUGGGAGAGGCCUUUGUACUGCAAUGGACAUAAUAGGAUGACGACGCACCGGAGUGGUCCAUAGAAUGUUGAUUUUUCAGAAUUUCGAGAAUAGGUAAUGCCUUUCAACGCCUCACAGGUUGUGUGUGGCGAACUUCACAAAGAAAGCGCCAAGUAAAAGAACUGUGCCAGUAAUCUUAGUGCAAUGACAUUUCAUUCAUCUCCAUGUUGUGGCAAGUGAGAAAACUUCACAGCAAUGUUCAUUUUGCAGCAAUGCCACUGUGCCAUGCACUCGGAGUAGUGCCCGUAAUCAAUCAUGACCAUUAAGUCUAGUUCAAGUUCACUCAUCUAAACUGGGUUAGAGAAAGCUGUGAAGGUGACUUUUCAGUGAAAGGAGUAUUGACGUGACAUUUUUGACUAGUCAUUUCUUUUUUUACACCUUUAAUGGAAGGUCCGAGCGCUCAAAAGUCUGAAUUGCACUUAUUCGUACAGAGGUUUGCUAAAACAUCGACUCGUGACCAUCAACAUCAUUUACCUAAACCAAAGGGGACACUCCUGGUCGUUCACCUUUCCACUAGGUGAACAUUUUUUCUUUCCUCGAAACCUAGCAAAUUCUUUAGUGCAAGGUGAACGUCGCCACUCCAGGAAAAAAAGAUGCACGCCUCCGUUAUUAUAGAUUAAUAGCAACGUCAGUCUAUAAAUGAACCGCUGAGCCCAGAGGAGGCCAACAGUUCUGCACCAACCACGACGACUCCCCCACUGUGCAAGCCGCAUGUCGCAACCGUUGGCAACAAUAUUGUUUUGUGAUAGGCAAAUCCUAAACUCCACCUCCUUGUUUGUUUGUUUUUUAGAGCCUUUCUGCCUUUCUUUUUUUUCCAAGCAUACGUAUGCAACUGGAAUGCAAGUUGAGAAAAAAAUAUAUAUACGUGCAGAACAUCAGAGAAGCUCAGGGUCCGGCAGUCACGUGCAUGCGCUCGCAGGCAUACAAGCAAGGAACAGCAGACACUGUAUUGUACAGAGUUGAAAUUUUUUCUAGAAAAGAAAAAAAAAAUGCUACGGCAGAUUAAAAAAAAAAGAUGAAAUUGUAAAUAUUUUAUUAAAAGAUCUUUCAAAAAUUGA